AUGGUAACAUUGAGAGUGUACCGCUAUGGAGCCAUCAUAGGGUAUGCUUGCUUCUGGCAUUUUCUGGCCCAGGUGUUUACAUGUGAGAUCUUUCUCCCAGUCUUCUACAGGCUGCCCAUUACCAGCACUUUUCAGUAUCUGGAGCUGCGUUAUAACAAAGUAACCCGCCUGCUGGUAACAUUCCUCGCUAUUAUUCAAACACUCCUCUUGUCUGGACUUGCGAUUUAUGCUCCAGCCCUCGCAUUAAGUCAAGUGACUGGCUGGAAUCUGUGGGUGGUAAUCGUGGUAACAGGAAUGGUCUGUACCGCAUACUGCGCAUUGGGUGGAAUGAAGGCAGUGGUUUGGACAGAUGUUUUCCAGGUUGGAAUAAUGUUAGCAGGCCUCCUCUGUGUCAUAUCCAAGUGUCUCUUCUUAGAAGGAGGAGUUUCUAUUCUGUCCAAUUCACAACAAGGAGGAAGACUGAACUUUCUGGAGAUCGGAAGAAGGCAGCCAAAUACCCGGGAAUUCUUAACCGGAGGUCGAAAACUCACCGCUCUGCCCGUCUCCCUGUCACUGACCGCCAGCGUCCUGUCGUCCAUCAUACUGAUAUCCAUUCCGGUGGAGAAUGGAAAUUUAUCCUUUCAACUGUUUCACCUGGUCUCUUUCAGAGCUGUGUUCAUCAGCGUGGUAAGUUAUUCCUUGUUCCUGGGAUCUGCAGUGUUUUCAGGAUUGUGCCUCUACUCUUUCUAUAAGGACUGUGAUCCAUGGACAGCUGGAAAAGUUUCUUUUUCUGAUCAGCUGCUGCCAUAUUUGGUCAUGGAUAUCCUGAAAGGCUACCCUGGCCUCCCAGGACUCUUUCUUGCAGCAGUAUACAGUGGCACCUUAAGCACAGUCUCGUCAAUCAUCAACACACUGGCUGCAGUGACUCUAGAGGACCUGAUCAAGCCAAAUGUCACACUGACUGACAGACAAUUGCUUCACAUCUCCAGAGCACUGAGUUGCGGUAUCGGAGGGUUGUGUGUUUCUAUGGCUGGCCUGGCAUCACUUAUGGGACUACUUGCUCAGGCAAGAAUCAUCAUCAGUGGGGUCAGUGGAAGUCCUAUGUUUGGUCUGUUCGUGUUGGGUAUCCUGUGUCCAUUUGCCAACUCCACGGGAGGUUUGUUUGGUCUUGCUUUCGGGUUCGCUGCUUCCCUGUUUGUAAGCCUCGGAUCCAUGCUGUCUUACGCUGACCCUGAGAUGACUCGACCUCUGUCACUAAGCACAGAGGGCUGUAACUUCACCAUUCCUGGCAGUCUCAACUGGACCACUGAUCUUCCAACACAGAUGAAUUCAUUUACCAUGGCUCAAGUGCAAGAUGGAGCCACACAUCUGCUGACACGUAACUGGCACUCUCCUUCUUACCGCUACUUCUCUGUCAUUGGAUUCAUCACAACUGUGAUUGUUGGAGCGAUAGUCAGUCUGUACACUGGUGGACUGAAACAGAAAGUGGCACCCAGUCUUAUGCUGAUGAAAGAGGACAUGCUGUCCUAUCAUCUGUUCAAGCUCAUCAAAUGUAAGCUGUUGGCAUGUCGAGGAGACUGUGCCUUAACCAGGGAAGUCUCAAAUGUCCCAGGAAUGGGUGGAUCGAAGACCAGCUUUCCAGUGUGA